AUGGAAAGUCGAGAAGUUUUACCUUAUGUUGCGAACUUGCCAUCGACGAUCGGAAGAGGUCAAAGAAACAACGUCUUCCUUUCGUGGCUUUUUGAGCUUCACAACAAGGAGAUUUACAGUUUAUUCAAAUUCGACGAAGAGAACGGAACUGCCUACAUAAAACUCGACGUCAACAUGCCUUACAAAGAUCAGAAUGACGCGGCAGCGCAAAAGUGGAGAAUAGAAACUGGCAGCUUAUAG